AUGACGACAAAUACAUCAAGCGAGGAUACUUUAAUACGCGAUUCUCAAAUUAGUGGAUUUUCAGCAUUUAGAGAACGUCUUAGUUACUGCUGUUGUCGAGUAUUUAAGAGAAGUUCGCAAUAUGAUUUAUCUUCUGUUUCAAAACACGAUGAAGAAGAACAACAACACGAUCAACCAUCAUACAUAAAUCAAGCAUUGCAAGGAGAAAAACAAGCAAGAAAGGAUAAAUUGGAUAAAAUAGCAAAGACCUUGCCUGGUGAAACAACAAAUGGAUCACGAGGAAUAAAAGGACAUUUAUCAUCAACACAAACUCCAACACGUUCAAUAACAACAAUAACGCAAGGAACACCACGUUCGGGUAUUACUUUAGCUCAAACACGACCUCAAAUAAAUACAACGAAUCCAAAAACAGGAAUAUCAACUAUUAAUAGACCAUCACCUAUUAAUAGACCAUCACCUAUUAAUAAGCCAUCACCUAUCAAUAAACCAUCACCAUCAACUAUAAAUACAAAAAAUAAUAAAAAAGAUUCCGAUGAAACAACUGAUUCAAGUGAAGAAGAAAGUACAGAAUCUGAUGAUAAAUCAUCUGAUUCUGAUAGUGUGCCUGCUAAACAACCUCCUAUUAACCGUGGAAAAAAUCGACGAUAA